CAUUUCAGAUCAAUUCCACGCGACUUUAGGUGACGGAGCUAUGGUACAGGGAGGGUCAAGAGGCCGGAACAUCAAGGCUCAAGGAGCACCAACCGACGCGUCUACGAGCUCCAACCCGGCAUCUACAAGAGCACCAUGGGCUACAUUUUACUCUUCUCCCGUUCACAUCAUUUCCAAGCCCUCCAAAAAAUCGACAAGGGGGGCGACCCCCAACAUUCUGAACCUAAACUCGGUCGCCCUGUUCAACCGCAUCAACUCACAAACCGUACGCACGAAAUAUCUCUCUUAUCGACGGGAAGGCAAUGCUGCAUCAAGUGGCGGAGGGCCCAGUAACAAUCUUCAUAUAAAUGGCAGUGCUGAGAAUGGACUGACGACUUCUUCGUCCCACUGGUCACCCUUUAUCAUCUCCUUGGUCCCUCCCAACUCUCACAAUGCACCCGUUCGAUUUGGAGCACGUGUUCGGUUAUCUUCGCCGGACAACAGUUAUGUCUCGCACGAGUACAUUAUUCGUAAAGUGGAGAACAAGCGAUCGCUCGAGACGGAUUUCGGCACGCAGCGACCCGGGCCUGAGCCCAUCACGGUCAUACCGGGAAGCACGCACUCUACAAGUUGGAGGUGGGCAGAAGUCAAGACCGAGGUCGCUGAGGAUGGCACGUCCUCUGAACUAAUGGUCUACGGCGCAGCGCAAUUCCAGUACACAUUCUUUGAUGCGACAGGAUCAAAUACCGUCCCUCCUCGAGUACCAUUGACACCUGCUCCAAAGCUCAACUAUCCACCACGAUGGAUCCAUCCGAUCCAGACAGGAGGAGAGCACUCGCUGGAAAUGUCCAUCACCCAUUUCUACUCUUCUACACCACCUGGUCAACUUCCUGCAGUUCCUUCUGCCAAUACUCCUUCGACCGUCCAUCCUGCUGCCACCAACUCGUCCGCAAAGCAGUCCUUACAGAUAUGGAUAGGAGACUUGGGGCCCCUCAAGACGAAUUCGUACGAAGGAUUAUUGACGAAUCACGAUGGAUUGACCCAAUCUGGAUUCGUCUUCCCCGUCCUUCCUCCCUUUGGACUACAUCAUGAUCCGAGUCAGGGACAAGCCGGCAUGAUCGCUCCAACAACACUACACCCUUCGCUACCGGGCAUAGGCGGCCAUGGAAAUUUAGAUGUUCCCCUGCCCCUUGCGAUGCCCAUGACGAUCCCCAUAGGCCAAGCACCCCCCUCAUUAGCCUCACCCGUGGUCAACAUUCACAACAGCAUGACGGGGGAAAUGUUACGUACACCUGUUCUCACUGCUUUCCCACCGGGAGAAUUUCAUUAUGUGGCGGGCGGCACGCCUAAUGCUACACCACUGGGAGGGAAUGUGAGCGCACAAGGCCAGACCCACGGCGUGGGUACAUUAAGGGACCCCGCUCCCUCGACGUUCGUCGCUGCUUUCCUACCAGAUAUGAACGACUUGAUCCGUGCGUUAUUGGAUAGUGUGCGAACGCCUACUCAGCGUGCCGAUUUCUCAAACGCCACAGGCACAAUAUUGUCUGGGAGGGCGAGUGGGGACAUGGAUGUGGACCCAGAACGAUCUUCCCGACUACAAGGAGAACUAGAUGAGAGAGAAGAGGAUGAUACGGUGAUGGGUGUUGGGCUUGUGGAGACGGAUGAAGAGUUGUGGGCGCGGAAUCCUGCGUUACCCAUACUCUUGAUCCGACCUACGGAUGGGAUGGGUUUUCACUCGGGCUAUGUCGUCAAGUGUGUACCUGCACAAGGUCACGGCCUGGACAAUGUCUCGGGCUGGUCCAUCAAGAUUGAAAAGGCCGAACUAGGAGGGCUAUGA